CAGGUGCAGUGCCAGGGAGAGCAAUACGAACAGGACCCAGACUUUAUCACCAGAGGGAAGAAACAGGUGGCUCUGAGAACAGCGCACGGCGAACAUGAACAAGCUGCUUCUGUCCGUGUGCCUGAUCCUGGCGGUCGUGGCGGCUUCGCUGGGGAAACCGGAGAGGAAAAACGAAAAGGAAAAGGAAAAGGAAAAGGAAAAGGAAAAGAAAAAGCGCGUUCCCCAAACUCUCUCCAGAGGUUGGGGCGACCAGCUGAUCUGGGCCCAGACCUAUGAAGAAGCGCUGUACAACGCCAAAACCAGCAACAAGCCCCUGAUGGUCAUCUUUCACCUGGAGGACUGUCCACACAGCCUAGCUCUUCUGAAGGCCUUUGCCAACAGUGCAAAGCUCCAGAGUUUGGCAGACAAGCACUUCAUCCUUCUCAAUCUUGUGUUUGAAACCACGGAUAAUCAUCUCUAUCCCGACGGUCAGUAUGUACCCAGGAUCCUGUUUGUCGAUCCUUCCAUGACGGUCAGAGCUGACAUCACAGGGCGAUAUUCGAACCGCAUGUACGCCUACGAGCCCUCUGACAUUGGCCUGUUGAUCGAGAACAUGCAUAAGGCCUUGAAACCAAUAAAGGGUGAGCUUUGAGGACUGUGACCUUUGACUUGCGCCCUUUGUCCUCGGGUGUCUCCAGAAUGCCUUGGAGUGGAGGGGAGGGGGUGGAGUGAUGAUGUCAUACCCUGAUGUGUAAGCCACGCACUGAAACGCUGUGUCCAGAGCCUCACGCGACACGGCUCUCUUUCGCUGUGGCACUGUCCUUGCUUCCUUGUGUUUCUGUGGUUUUCUUAUAAUGUUGAGGAUCCUGUUGUCUUUUUAAUAAACACAGCUAUUGUAAAAUAAAUAAAUAAAUGAAUUAAGUUUUUUUUUUAAUUAAUUAAUUUUUUUUUUUUGGCUCAUGUGAGCCCAGCAUCUGAAAACUGGUUCAAACUAGUUGUUGUCAGACAACCCUUGUCCUGUUUGUGGCAAUCAUGCACAUAUGAUGUAAUCAGCACUGGACCAAUCACGACACAGAGCCAGCAAGCAAAUGUAUGGUUUACACUGCAGUCCACCAAUGCCUGCUUAGAAAAGGUUGCCAUGUAUUACUUUCUUCGAUAUCUAUCAUCAACACUGUCUGCAUCAUCAUAGUUCAUAGCAGGAAAAAAACUUUAGCUACAAGUUACAAAGCUUCUAUUGGAGGUUUCAAGCUGUGGUUGGGGAACUUGCAACACAGGAUUAAGGAAAAACGAUGCUUAAGGCAAUAAUCAGUAUUCAUUGAUUUUGAUUUGAAGUUUUUUUUCAGUUUUUGUAUGUGACACUAUAGCCUUAUAUAUGGUGUUUUUAUUCUAAAUUCAUUUUACAUAUUAAAUUGCUUCAAUCUCC